AAAUACGAGUACAUUAGAGCGCACGCGUUGAAGAAGCUGUGGAUAUUAGCUUACUGCCCACGGCUUUUACUUAUGAUAUCAAUUUUGCCUUCCAUCUUAUCGCACAGCCUACUCAUCUGCAGUUCGCAAACAAUCCUCCAUCUUGCACAUUUCUGAAAAUGUCGCCUGAAAAGAGGAGGAGUCGCACCGCUCUAGUCGGCGCGCAAGGUUGUCUCCGCGGCUGCUGGACUAUUCAGGACCAUAUAAAGACAUCAAUUUCCCGUACGCAAGGUCGACAUACGGAAAUCAGUCUCAUCACACUUGAUGCUUCCAUCAAUAAUUCUCAAGUUUUGUUUGCGACGUCCAACCUUUGCCUGCCUAGAGCUUUGCAUAACUUAUAGAGCGUUAAAAAGUCGGGGUUUCUGAUGCUUAUUUUACAGUGGAUUUUGUCAGCACAGGGGGAUUUUUCGGUUUUGUAAUAAUUAAUAUUGUUGUUUAUUUUAACUCAAUACGUGUUUAAUAAUCCGGAAUUUGUUUGAAAUGGCCAUAUCUGCAGCGAUGCAGUGUCAAAAACUACAAAUGUUAUUGCCACUACUUUCGCUUCAAUUCCUCUUCGUUGCCAUUGCUGUUCCUCACACAUCUUCUCAGGCUAUUAGCACCAUUGAUAUCUGCACGUCACAGUCUUCUUGUAAAGGAUGUAUUCAGGCCCACCAGUCAUGCGCAUGGUGCGCUCAAAAGAAUUCGCUAUCCACUGCUGGUCGCUGUCAUAGUAUGACGCAAGCAUACCGCAAAUGUACGACACAUGACGUGAUUGCUCCGGACAAUGAAGUGCUGGCUUAUGAGGAUUUGGCACUGAGCGAUAUGGUGGCCAUCAAGCCGCAAAGGGUGAUUCUCAGAAUGCGUCCGCACACGUCGGCGACCUUAAGCGUCAACACCCGGAAAAGAAAAUAUCCCGUGGAUUUAUUCGUUCAGUUCGGAUUAUCUUUUAAUUCAACAGAUGCUGAGGCUGUAAGGGUCGCUUUGACCAAAACACUGUUGACAGAAUUGGCAACUAUGGACAUUGAUCUGCACGUGGGCGUUGGAUACUUUGGAGAUGAAUCAACCACAGGUCAGUACGGCUAUGGCCGUUACUGGCCAUUGGGUACUCCUAAUCGUGAAUUUGAGGUUAGACUGAAAAAGGCAAAGACUGCUCAAAACUGCUGCUCUUCCAAGGAAUGGAUGAACGCGUUCUUGCAAACCAUGAUAUGCGAUGCAUCGAGCGAGAUCGGAUGGCGUGAAGACUCUAUACAACUGCUUGUAAUGGUUACCGAUAUUCCCUUAACCUUCGUCGAUGGCGUUGACGUUCAAAGUACUGCCUCCGAUCCGGAAGACGGACAUGGAUCCUGCCAAUUGAAAUCCACCUCUUCAACUGGUGAAUUAACCUAUGACAAGGAUAUUGUACAGAAUUACCCGUCCAUAGCCGCAAUUUCAAAAUUGGCGGAAGAUAAGGAUAUUCAUCUGGUGUUCGUGGUUUCGCCGGAACGAGUUAUGCAGUACGAGCGGUUAUGCCAUCGGGUUGCUCGGUGUGUUGUUACUUCCCUGGAUAACAAAUUAGCCGAUGUCUUGGCACUGAUAAAAAAUGAAUACUUGAAACCAGCUAAAUUCAUCAAACUCAGUGGCUCAUCUCAUCCACAGCUGCGCUUCACGUUGUUUUCAUCUUGCGGUAACCAGGAUUGGCAGAAAACCGACAAAUGCAGAGGCGUACAGCCUGGUUCAGAGGUGGAAUGGAAAAUCAAAGUAGACCUUGGCGCUGCAGAGCCUUACUACCCGGAGUUCUUUAUUUCUACCUCUGAUUUCGAGCAGCACAUGUCAGCCAUGUCUGGUCGCUUAGAAAUUAUUGACGGGUGCGAACGUGGACAGGACAGUUUAGCUACGUCUGAAAGGAAUAAUUUAGAGGCAAUCAUCAACCCCCAAGAAUCGAAGAAUAAUUCCCAACCAAGCAUCACUCGUUUUCCUCCAGCCUCACCGUGGCCUUUAUGGGCACAGCUCACUUUAGCAUUAGGAGCACCGGGAGUUGUUGGGAUCGUAGUGUAUGGCUGUUGUAUAAAAGCUCAACAACGUCGAAAGAACUCCAGAAGGCGACAAAGUGCCCAUAUCGACGGUAUCCCAUCAACGGAAACAACAACGUCUUUUUUGGUUUUGCCUGGUGCCUCGGAAUCUCGUCACACAGACGCCGCAAUCAGCUCUUGACCUCGGUGGUCUGCCACAGCAGUUCAACAGCAGCGCACGUAUCGAUUCUCACAUAAGCUGGGCCUUGAGACGCAGUCCAGAAUGAUAUUGCCGAGCUUGUACUUAUGUUACUCUAUGCUUAAUAUGUUGCUGAUUUUCGUGAUAUUCGUACAGUGAUCUCAUGCUUGAUGCCAUGUAGCAACGUAACCAUUGUCUAUAGUAUCCUAGCCAUAAAUAGCAAAUCUGACCGAAUCUGAUAAAAUUAAUGCUGGUCCUGUAAGCAUAUCGAACUAAACGUUCGCAGAAAGAAUGCCGUUGGAAAUUGUAAUAACUGGCGCGUUUCUAACGUAUGCGUUAUUUUUAUAAUCUGCCUUGCAAAAUUACCUUUUCGGCAUACCAUUACUGCGGACUUUUGCUAGAAAAAAUUCAGUCUGG